AUGGCUAAUCGUCCUCGUGUUCCUUAUAAGACUCCCCUAUCAAGCCCUUACAGACAUCCUCCACCUAGAAGUCCUGAUAUAUCUCCACCGAGGGGUGGUCCAGCUAAAUCUUCUCAACCGGAUCCUCGUACCCUCAAGACUUCGUCUUCAUCGAGUCCUAGGGUUUCUUCUCAGAAAAAAGAAGAUCUGCCCAAAGGUUCUCGGUAUGCGGUUAACCGUCCUUCGCCUAAUCCAUAUCCACAGCGUUCGGAGCCGUUGAUUAUUCGACCUCUUCGUUCUAUAGCUCCCCCUACUACGACGCUUUCUCAGAAACCCAAAACUUCGCAAUCCACUGUCUUGGUGAAGGACCCUUCUUCAAAAGGGGUUCCAUCGAAAGAGAACUUGUCAAGGAAUGUUGCGACCAAGAGGAAGGCUUCGGAUAUGAGUCCUCCGAAGAAUCCAUCGUCGGGAAAGAACGUAUCUUCCGAGGCUGCCCCAGUUAUCCGAAGUAUCUUAGUUUCGAAGAAGAAGAAGAAGGUUUCUUAUAGUCACGUUGAUCUAGAAGUUUUCAAGGCGAAGCAUGGUCUGAAAGCUUUCGAUUUUAAUUUUACAACCAAGGGGACGAUCUUACUUAUGAUAUGA